UCGGUGAGGCUGCGGCCCCGACGCCGGGCCCAGGAGGGGCCGCAGCGCUUAGCCCCCGACGCCAGCAUCUCCAGGCAGGUCCCUUCUUUGCUUCAGAACCGAAAUCUCCGAGGACAUGCCCAGGCUGACCUUGCGGCGGCCACCUCUCAGCUGCCUGCUCCCGGCCGGAAGGGCCGCUUUGUAGAAUCCACAGCCCUCUAAAUUAAGGGACCGCCGCUGCUAGCUGGAGUGCUGGGGAGAGCUGGACACCGACUCUCCUCCCUUCUCACACACAAACAGAGGAGACUCCCCAUUCCUGAGCUCCCUUAGGGCAACACUUGAGGACAUCCUAGAUCUGGAGUACCUAGAACCCCGGCCACCUUCCUGCCUUCUUGGAUGGAGCACCACCUCCCCAGUUUCUGGGGCAUCUUGGGGAGUGGCCUCGGUGAGUGAAACUUGGGGUGCUGCCUGCUGGGAGAAACCCGGAAACAUAGGAAGGACACUGGGGUGACCCAGGCCUUGUCCGGUCCUGAGACUCUUGGAAUCGCUUGGGGUGGAAGGAGUUGGAUAUGAGCCUGUCUUUACCUCAAAACUGAAAAGAAAACGCACUGCCUGCCAUACUUGAGGCAGCUGCAUGACCAGCCAGGGGAGUGGGGAGCCACCUUUGAAUUGAGAGUAGGACUCACCAAGCAGAUACCUAUUCUGAGCCUAAACAGACUCCAGUUUCUGAGGACAUCCUCAGCCCCCAAACCUGAGAGUCUAAGCAGUGCCACGAAGCAACCCCAGAAUUUGGGGACUUACUGCGUACUCCAACCAUGUUCCUGCGAAGGCUUAGUGGCUGGAUACCUCGCCCCUGGGGCCGCCAGAAGACUGACCUGGCCACCCCACAACCCAGACGGUUGGACAGCUCCUCAGAGAAUUCUGGGAGUGACUGGGACAGUGCCCCAGAGACCAUGGGAGAUGUGGGGCCUCCCAAGACCAAGAACUUAGGAGCACAGAGGCGCUCUGGGGCAGCUUCAGAACCAAGCAGGGAGUACCAAGUUGAGCAAUCAGGGAGCAAAAGAAUGGAUUCCCACAAGUGGGACAAGGCCAUCUCUAGCACUCAAGAGUCUGGGAGACCAGAGGCUGAAGGAGCCAUUCCCAAGCUGAGAUGGGAUCCUGUGGACUCAGGUGACACCAGGAGACCCGGAGUGUCACUUGAAGGGGCACUGAGUUCCCCUGAGUCUGAAGCCCCAGCAGAGAAACCAGGCCGGCGUCAGAAGCUGCUGGGCUGGCUGCGGGGGGAACCAGCUGGGAGAGCAGGGGCUCCCUCACAAUACCUGGGAAGCCCAGAGGAGAGUCUGCAGAUCUCUACCAACCUGACCUUGCACCUGCUGGAGCUACUGGCCUCAGCCCUCCUGGGGCUGUGCUCUCGGCCCCUGCGAGCAGCCUUGGAUGCACUGGGCCUGCGUGGACCUCUGGGUCUCUGGCUGCAUGGGCUACUAUGUUUCCUGGCUGCCCUGCAUGGGCUCCAUGCUGUGCUGACCCUACUUACUGCUCACCCCCUACACUUUGCCUGCCUCUUUGGUCUCCUACAGGCCCUAGUGCUGGCUGUCAGCCUCCGGGAGCCCAGUGGGGAUGAAGAAGUCACUGAUUGGGAGGGCGAGAAACUGGGGGUGGAGGAGCAGAGGGGAGACCCAGGAAAGGGGCUGUGACUGACUGCAGGGUGGGGUGUGACCCAGGACCCCACCCUCAGUGGGGUGGUGGCAAGGGUGAAAAGUGUGGCCUUUAGGAGGAGAGUGGGGGGCAUGACCCAAUUGUAAGCACAGGGACCUCAGGGAUGGGGACGAAACCCCAGAGUAUGAGGGCACAGGACCCCCCCCCCACACACACACGCGUGAGAAUAGAGCUGUUUAGGGUCCGUGUUUAUGGAUAGUGGGGUCAUUGCCCUUGAAAUCACCAGCUGUUGUUACUUUUGACUUUUACGUUUCUCCCACCUCUGUUUGUAUUUUCUUGCACCUUCACUUUUUAAAAGCAAAAAAAAAAAAAAAAAAAAACACACAAAAGUGUGGUGGUGGAAAAAGAUUCCUCUCUACCUUUUCCAACUCCCCAGGGGAGGAGCCCAGAUACAGGACAGGCUGGGGGAAGAGGGUGAGUGGGAAUCCAAGGAAUCCUAGGGUUGGAGCCAUCUAGGGAAGAGUUGAGUUGCUAGAAAGGUAGAUUAGGGGAUCUAGUUGGGGGCCCACGGGUGACAGCCUACAGGGAAGAUCUGGGUGUUCCUGGGAGCCAGAGGGAAUGGGAAUAGGGCAGGCAGUAUUGGCAGGAGGACCAGCUCAGACAGUGUGGAGAAGCACUGGAACUUGCAGUUCCCACUUAGGGGUUUGCUCAGCAAUAAAUAACUGUGUCAUAUCAAAUCCUAAAUAUAUGAUUAUAAAGUGAGAGUUACUGCACUCAGUGUCCUUCCUGACGCCGUCCAGCCAGGGGUUGAUGUGGUAGAAGGUCCAGGGGAAAUACUGAAGUGGGGGGGAGGAUCGAUGUCUGGAGAGAAACUUCAAAAUGCGGUGAAAAUUGAAAACCCAUCUUUAUUAACCUUGAAAGGGGGUUGGGAGUCUCCAACUUCUCUUCCCCCCACCAUAAUCUCAGCUCCCACUGUAUCCAUCUGGAGGCACAGAUGAAGUUACAGGUCAGUUACUGGUCAGCUCACAAGCCUCUGUAGUGGGAGGAGGGAGAAAAGAGAAUGGAAAAGAAGGCAAUUCAGGGAGAGAAACAAAGUUGGCUGCAAUGGGGUGGAGAAAGCACAUUCCCUCCUUCAACAAGGGGUCUCUGAGCUCUUCCCUUCGUAGCUGCCCCUCUGCCCCCUUCAUCCAUUGCAAACUCAGAAAUGUCUCUUUGAGUAGCCCAGAGCCCAUCCUGGUUCCCUCAGGUGACAGCUCUUGGCUACAUCCCUCUGGUGCCCUCGUAGCCUGUGACACAAACGGAGGUAUCAACACAGCCACUGAUAAGGUCAGCCUUUGGCCAGGCUCUCUAGUGAUAUCACUUGAGUCCCCUGGUGAGUCCUCAGCUUCUUCUGUGGAAGUUUACCCCCUCACCUUCAUUCCUGGGAGUCAGUAAGAAGGCCUUAGAGUUCAGGCAGGACGUCAGAGACUGGAAUUCCUCCACACACUUCUCUGGAGGGUGUGGCGAGCGAUCUGGAAGGUAGGGCGGGGCCAAGCCCAUCAAAGCCCCUGCACCUCAGCACCGCCCAUGAUGAGGACCUUAAAACACCCAGCCCUUCUUGGGAUGAUGUCACAGGGCCCAGAGAGUAUUUCUUGCCCUCCCACUUCCCUCCACCCCUUCCUGCCUGGCAUCCCCACUCACUGUACAAGAGGAAACGCUGGUAACCCUGGCCUGUCUCUUUCAGCAUGAUUCCAUCUGGGCAUGAGCUACUGAAGAGUUUGGUCUUCAUGUCAGGGCGGCCUGUCAGGGUGGAUGGAGGAAGUUUGAAGGCAGAGAUACAAAACUAAGCGAGCCUGGGGAGCAUGCGGGCUUGUGGGGGUUGGAGAAAACCAACCUUCAGUUCUAAGAUCUGUGCUCUCUUCAGUCAGGAGGUAGGUCCAUUUCCGGGGCACACAGAGUCCAUUUUUCCUGCAGAGGUGAUGGUGGCAGGGAGGAAAGACCGACACACCACCUACACCGUACCAAUCUCUCUAUAUUCCAUCUGAUUCCUUCUUGAAGCCAAGGGGCCUUUGGGUGUUAAGCUACCGCGGGAUGGUUAGGUCCAUGUCUCUCAGAGAGCAACUAAUAGAACCAUUCAACUCUGCUCAUUGAAAUGUAGAUAUACCAGGAAGGAACCCAGCCCAGUGGGUUAGAUAUACCAGAGAGGAACCCAGCCCAGUGGGGGAGUACUCGCAUUCUGGACCAAGACUGCACUUACUGAUGUCUCUGCCUCCUCGUUACUUACAAGCGUAUGGUAGCGCGAAGCUGCAGCUGCAUGGGAGCAGAGCCCGCGGCCAUGUUGAAGACAAUGCUGUCCACAGGGUCAAAAGUCGCCAACUCUUCCUUGGUGGGAGCUGCCCCUGCGAUAAAGUACCACCGGCCUAGGUGGGGCUCUGGGAACUGGAGAGACAGUGAAGGGAGCAGAAGAGGGUGGGUCCCGCUACAGGAUUCAACCAGCCUCUUCAUCAGUUCAGAUAACCGAGAUUUGGGCUGCCUCUUUCCAACUAGGUGUUGGAUCUAAGACAGGAAAUCACUAAUCAAUAUUUCCUCUUUGCCCCUCAAUCAACCUGAAUAAUACCUCCCCCAGGGCCCAAUUCUGUCAUGUCUCCCCAUUGAUUGUCAGAACACUAGUCCUUUUUUAUGUUUUCUUGCUUUUAUCAUCACAACACACGCCCUCCUACUCCCUUUCCCAAGGUGGCUUCUGGACAUCCUAGACCACUCACCCAAGUCCCUCAGAGCCCCCACCACAGAUUUCCCCCAUUCUCCGUCCAUACCUCUUUCCCAUCUGCUCCCUGAAUUGUCAGCUGACUGUGCUCAGGGCACUGGUAGAUGAAAUUAAAGAGAAUGCCAUAAACGUAGAGUAGAGCUGCCCAAAUCUGGUGGAACAUCUUUAUGGAAGAGGGAGCUGGUGCUCUGUGUGGAGUGGCUGAUGCCUUAACUGCUUUCUCCCCCGCUGGCUGCUCAGUCCACUCUGCUUCCAGCCCCCUUGCCUUGACCCUUGACCCUUUCACCUGCUAAUGAGUAACUUCAACCUUGUUUUCCAACUCAAACCUGGAUUACUUAGUGUUUGGGCCUUCCUCCCCCUCUUAUAGAUGCAGCCACUCCACAAUACACCCUGGCCUGUCCAGAGUUCUCAGGAGAGCUAAUCUCUCUGGAUAGAAGCCUGUGGUCUUUCA